AGAAGGAAAAAGGGAGAGAAAACGAGAAGAAAGGUAAGAGAGGGCAUUCAAAACGUUCGGAAAAAAUUGGAGAGGGCACUAUUCCCACCGGAACCCUAGCCAACGGCCACCGUUGUUCAUGGCGUUCUCUGCUGCCGCCACGCAAUAUUUCCGACGACCUUGAACUUUUUCUCCUCGUUUCUCCCGCCGCCGGAAAUGGCUCACGAGCUGCCGUCGGCGGAGAAACUAUUGUUGGUCUCUGACAGGGAACCUCACCUAAUAGAUCUCUCUCUGUUUUUCUUUCUUUCUAACUAACUAAUUAACAAAUCUGUUCGGACGAUCGUAACUAACCGUCCGUCAGCACCGGAGAGGUUGUUAGGGCCGUUACUGGCUGCCGUGUUUGUUCGGUGGCUGUUAUGGCGAAGGGAGGGCAAUGCUUCUUCGAGAAGCUUCGGAGGUGCGUUCGGACGGUUUUCUUUGUGGUAGCAUUGGUGGCGUCGCUGGCGGUGACGUCGCUUCCGGUGGUGGUGGCGGUGGUGGACGUGUUGGUGCCUUGCGUUUUGAUAUCGAACUUCACUUGCGUCAAGUGUUACAACAUUAAGGAGCAUUUUCAUCGUUACGCUUUCAAGAGCUCCUUGAUGGAUAUUCCUCUGGUUUCGGUCAUAAGAUCCCUUAUCAUUCUCUGUGUGCUUCUUUCUCUCUUUUUCUCUCCCCUUUUUUGGCGUUUCGUUUCGUUCGCUUUUCUGCUUCUGUUGCUGCUCUUUCAAGGAAUCGUAAAAGCUUAUGUUUCCAAUUUCUAAUCGUACUUCGUUAAAACAAUUUUGUUUUUUUUAUCGUGCUUCUAAUCUUUGUUUGUUUCUUCAGUUUAUUUCUCGUAUUCAUUUCCAGCCCAAGCAUAUGAAUGUAGUUUAUACAAUCAGAUUCUGCUUCAACAACGCCUAGAGCUCGUUGCCUUAUUCCAAUUCAACUUAUUAUAAGUUUAAAUGACUAAUCUUAUAUUCAGCUGCUCUACUUCAAAUUAAAAGGUGUUUAUUCCAUUUGUGAUGGCCCUGCUCUUUCACAUGGUCCUUACCUUGGAACUGUGACUCUGUGCUCCUUUCUGUCUAUUGCUCUCCUUUCGGUCAAAGCUUGUGUUUUCACUGUAAAUUCCCAAAUUGAAGCGGAAGCUUCCGCAUCCCUCAGGAAGCAGAGACUCCAUUUGAAGAAGUCAUGGGGAAUGCCAGUCCUUUUUCUUUCCUCAGUUGUGUUUGCCCUUGGCCAUACUGUGGUUGCUUAUAGAACCAGCUGCAGAGCACGCAGAAAGCUCUUGUUUCAUCGAGCUGAUCCUGAAGCUGUCAUAUCGUGCAAAAAUGUUUUCUCUGGCUAUCCAAAGGUACCACGAUCUCCAACUCCUUCUGGGGGGAGAACCCCCAAAAGUGACAGUGAGAUGAAGCGGAGACCUUUUGGGACAACGCGUGAUGAAGAACUGCUGGUCAGAUUACUUGCAAAUUCUGACAGCAAAUUCAUUACAUGCCAAGGACUUACACUCCAUUACAAGCUCAGCUUGUCUGGUUCACCUCCACAUACAUUGUCUUUAACAUCCUGCAUUGAGUUGAAUUCUGGUCGCAGUGCUUUGUUAAUGGCUGCUGGGUUGGCAAAAUCUAGUAGACAUUUGUUAAAUACAUCUCCAAAUAUCCAGCCACAGCUAUACAGGAGCUAUAGCAGUAGAGUCCAUGGCUCUUCUCUACAUGUUCCUCUAUUAGAUGGUCCUAUAACUUCUAAUAUUUCUGAAGAUAUCCCUGUUUUUCGCCUAGAUGGUAUUUGUGAAGAAGAUGAAACUAGUAAAUUGGAUUUUCAAUCUCUGGAGCAAAAUGUAGAUAAUAUUGACCAACUAGGUAUUGUUUUAAUACAUGGGUUUGGUGGUGGAGUCUUCUCUUGGAGACAUGUGAUGCCAUCUCUAGCUCGGGAGAGUAAUUGCACAGUUGCUGCAUUCGAUAGGCCUGGUUGGGGAUUAAGUUCAAGGCCUCGCCGGGAGGAGUGGGAGGAAAAAGAGUUGCCUAAUCCUUAUAAGCUUGAAAGCCAGGUUGACCUGCUUUUAUCCUUCUGUUCGGAGAUUGGAUUUUCUUCAGUGGUGCUGAUUGGUCAUGAUGAUGGAGGGUUGCUUGCCUUGAUGGCUGCCCAAAGAGUUCAAACAUCAAUGAAUUAUUUCAAUGUUACUGUGAAAGGAGUUGUAUUGCUGAAUGUUAGCUUGUCAAGAGAGUUGGUUCCAUCCUUUGCAAGAAUCCUGCUACAUACCUCACUUGGAAAGAAGCAUUUGGUUCGUUCUCUACUAAGGACAGAAAUCACUCAAGUGGUGAAUCGGCGUGCUUGGUAUGAUUCUACCAAAUUGACACCAGAAGUUUUGACUCUGUACAAGGCUCCUCUAUCUGUUGAAGGAUGGGAUGAGGCACUUCAUGAGAUUGGUAAAUUGUCAUCCGAAACCAUCCUUUCAGAUAAAAAUGCAGAAUCAUUGUUGCAAGCUGUAGAAGACAUUCCAGUGUUAGUCAUUGCCGGAGCUGAAGAUUCCCUUGUCUCUUUGAAAUCUUGUCAAGCUAUGGCCUCCAAACUUGUUAAUUCUAGACUGGUUGCCAUUUCUGGUUGUGGUCAUUUACCCCAUGAAGAGUGUCCAAAGGCAUUGCUUGCGGCCAUGUUACCCUUCAUUAAUAGACUCUUGUCUGCAUCCGAGUCGCAAAGCCAAUAAGUUCAUUUCUUUCAAAGCUGAUUAUACAUAGGGUUAUUAUCUAUAUUUUCCGUCUUUGUUUUGGUUUUUAUCCUCCUAUUUCUUUCUAAGCAAUAUUACUUCAAGAGCAAGAGACUACUAAAGGGUCUUCUCUUCUCUGGGGUGUUUUUGACGUGGUAGUCUUAGGGGUUUUAACCUGUAUCUUCUCCAUCUUUUCCCCCUUAUUUUAACUGUCAAUAUUAUGUUCAUUUCAUCUGCCUGUCAUUUUUCCCACGUAAAGGUGGGGGAGACAACAUACAUUUGUAAAUUCAUCGUCAGAUUGAGCAUGAAUAUAGUUUGGCAUGGCUUUGUU